AUGCACAAAUAUAGCGAACGACAACAGAUCCUGCGGGAUCUAUUCAUGAUUAGGAUUUUCCUCCACCAGCAGGAGGGUGAUGACCUCAUCGACUCCACCUUGAAGAUUCCCACCAUCCCCUCACUUGGUACUAUUUCGGCCCGUAACAAUCACGGCCGUGCUUUGGUGCUAGAUGCUCUAUUUGACGAUGAAGCGACGGUGUCCGACCUCUUGCACUUGGUACUGUCCAACCGAUACUUGAAUGACCGCCGGCCUCCUAUGCCUCGUGACGAAUUUGACUUAUGUCAGCUGUUCAACAUGCGCGAUGAAGAUUUCAAGCAGGCCGUCCGGACGACAAAGUCGGGAUUCACCUGGCUAUUGAGCCAAAUUGCUUUUAACCCUAUAUUUCACAGUGGCAGCUUUCGUCCGCAACUGCCGGUCCCGCAUCAGUUGGCUCUGACUCUCGAGAGGCUCGGGUCAAAUGGGAAUGGCGCCUCGGUUGGGCGAAUUUCGAGGAACUUAUGCGUAGGCCGUGGAACCGUGAUCAAGGCAAGUCGCAGAGUGAUCAGGGCGAUCAACGAUAUGGGCCCGACAUACCUACGCUGGCCUGAUAAGGAUCGAAGGAAAGAAAUCUCUGAGGUGAUGAAGGCUGAAGGGUUCGAAGGUUGUGUUGGAUUUGUCGACGGAACGACGAUUCCACUGUACCAGCGACCAUCAAUUGAUGGGGAGGUUUUCUUCGAUCGAAAGAAGCGGUAUUCAAUAAAUUGUCAGGUCAUAUGUGAUUGCGACCGGUUCAUCACGGGUUACAUGACAGGGUGGCCGGGUUCAUGCGGCAACAGUAUGGUCUUCAAGAGGAUGAAGGUACAUAAGGAGCCUGAUGAUUUCUUUGAUCCUGGUCAAUAUCUGAUUGCCGACUCAGCCUACGAGUUGGGUGUGCAUUGCAUACCUGCGUACAAGGCCCCGGCGGCCUACAUCAGAGAAAACACUGAAUUCAACUAUUGUCUGGCGCGAUCCCAAGUACGCAACGAACAUACGAUCGGGAUACUGAAGGGCCGAUGGGCUUCACUCCAACAGCUAAGAUUGGCAAUCCAGAAGCCAUCCGACAUGAUGGAGAUAAUUCGAUGGGUCAACUGUUGUGUGACCUUGCAUAACAUGCUUGCCCACCUGGGCGAUGCAUGGGAUGUAUUGGAAGCCAACAUGGAAGAUACUGGACCAGCUCGAGGGGAGGUACAUGAGGAUAACGCCAGAGGACACAGGGAUUCGAUUCAGUCAAAAUGCUUAGAUACCAACUACGCCCUUGGUAUACUACCCAUGUGA